AUGUCUUCCGGUAACGAUUCCGACGACGGAGUCAUAAACCAAGUGGUGCAGCGCGUGCUUGCAAGGGCAGAACGACGUCGUGAAGAAGCGAACCAGGAGGCGAUUCCAAGGCCAAUCCAUUGUAGUCAAUCGGUCGACCGUGACCACACUGAGGCUCACAACCGGCUUGUGGUCGGGUCGAACAACGACCUAAAUGUCCUGCAGUCCUCGCCUCUGUUCAACGACCAGUGUCAGGGAAUAGGCCCCUUGGUUGAUUUUACCGCCAACGACAACCAACAUCAGAUGAGGUAUUACUUGGCGGACGACAUAUACCCAACUUGGCCCGUUUUCGUGAAGACGAUCAGUUGUCCAUCUGAGGAGAAAAGGAGUUAUUUUGCCCAACGACAAGAGGCGGCGCGAAAGGAUGUGGAACGGGCUUUUGGUGUGCUCCAAUCGCGUUUUGCAUUGGUCAAAGGGCUGGCGCGAUUCUUCUACCCAGGUGAUAUCACUGAUAUCAUCCACGCCGUUAUCGUAAUGCAUAACAUGCUAGUGGAGAGUGAAGGUGAAGAUGUCGCCGACGUCCCCGUCCAAGACGUUGCAGGCCCCAGCCACGGUGUCGCUAGAGAGUCCCACCGCCAGGGUGUCCCUCACGGAUACGCCGAGCGUUUUCGGGCAUUUGUUGAUAUGCGCCAAAAUGAGGCCCACAAUCGUCUACAGCACGAUAUGAUUGAAGAAAUUUGGUCACGGAGGCGUAGGCACUGA